AUGCUCACUCCGAAUCAGAUGGAUUCCGUUUCCGAGCCCGAUACACGGCCGCAGACGCCCGUGAAAGUCGAAACAGACCCCGAGAUGCCGGCCGAUGAGGGCCCUGUUGUUGUUGUGGCCGAAAAGCCGCCGCCAAAGAAGAGAGGCCCCAAACCAGGCCCUAGGAAUAAGAACAGAGUUACUCAAGAACAGCGCCCCAAAUCGCGUCGAUUGGCGGGCGACGGCUUGAGCAGUAGUCCCGUAAUUCGCGAGCGGUCCGCAAGAAUCGCCAUGAAUACGCAGCCCGUGCCCAAAUUGCUGCCUCCUUCACCACUCGUAGACCCCAGUGCUCCAGAGGGAUUUGUAGAGCCCGAGCUAGCGCCUCCGCAGCCGGGAUACGCAGGAUAUGCGUUGGAAAGCUUGCCUCCGGUGAAGCAGAAACGGCAGGUGCGCAAGGGGAAGGCGGCCGGCUUGCGUCUGUCGCCAGAAGUAGACCCAGAAACACUACAAGAACGAGAGGUGGCCUACCGCGACAACUUGCGGACAACCGAGCUGGAUCGACUCACAGGUGUGUCGGAAAUACGCGCGGACCUCCCGGCCCCGCUGAAACUCGCUGCAAUGAGAAAGCGCGCUCUCGCCUCUAGCCCUGGCGGUGGUUCCGCCAACGACCGCGAAACGCAUGUCAUUUCGCUCCCGUCAACUCCUCGCCAGGGUGGCAGACUUCUGGAAACGACGCCCUCUGGCCGGCCCACCAAGAAAUUGAAGAUCAUAUCGCCCAAGAGACCUCCGCUGCUUCUCGUCGCUCCCUCCGCUUCGCCGACCAGCGACUCAGAGAGUCCGAACAACAACGAUGACUACUGUUCUACUUGUGGAGGUACCGGUAUCUUUAUUUGCUGUGACUCUUGUCCGCGCUCUUUUCAUUUACUCUGUUGCUCGCCGCCACUAUUGGAAGUUCCCGAAGAGGACGACUGGAAUUGUCAGGAAUGUAGAGCCUCACGUGGAAUCGAUCCUAAACCUUCAUGGAAUCUGAUUGGAGUCUUCGGUUUACUUUUGAACGAUUUGCAUGGCUCUAACCCUGUCGAAUUCUGCUUGCCUAAAAGCCUUCGAGAAUCCACCUUUGUGAAUGUGUAUCUGGGCGACGAUACCCAAUACAUGGAUUCGCUGUUGAAAGAGGAAUCGCCUGUUCGAGGCAGCACAAGGGUUAAUGGUGGAGGCAGCACUGGCAGUGGCAAUGGCGGUCAGAUUGUCGGCUUCAACCGAAACGAGGAUCUUGAUAUCGAAUCGCUUUAUGACAAAAAGGGUGUCCCAUUUUUAUGUCACAAGUGCGGCCUUUCUGGACUCCAGAGACGCACGCUUAUAUUCUGCGACUACUGUCCUCUUGUGUGGCAUCUCGACUGUCUCCCCACGCCAAUGUGUGUUCCAAAGACGCUCGGACUCAAAUGGAGAUGUCCCAAUCACGUUGAAUCGUUGCUCCCCUCUUAUUGGCUGGAGCGCAGAAGUUUCAAGGACUCUGUUGUUGUGGACUCAGGUGUGCAAAGCAAUUUUAUGCGCUACUUGCUGGCAAGCAAUUUCCUCAUCAAGUUCAGUGACCAGCCCUACGUCAAUGAUCAUUACGCGCCACUGCUUUCGGAGUAUCUUGGCUUCCAAAGAGACGAUUUCAUUUGCAACGGAAGCAAUUAUGUCGAAAAAUGGAGAGAGGCAUAUAAGAACAACUCUGGGUCAACCGCUGCAAUCAACAAUAGCAACGUGAAUGGUAGCGGUAGUGGCAGUGGGGCCUCUGGAGGAAACGCUUCCGACCAAGCAGAAAAAGAUCCUAAUUUCAAGCGUCCUCCAUUCCUACAGUCAUACGGAAUCGAUGAAGGGGUUGUGGCCAAAGGGUCACAGAAUCUUUCGCGUGUUUUACUUGUCACUAAUGGAGAUGAUCCCAAACUGAAGCCGUUCGUUUACCGAGUACCCGAACAACAGAUUGUGUUGGAUUUCAUGAAGAAAAGCAAAACUACGAGGAAAGAUAUUCUUGAUCAGCUAGAGACAUAUGAGCACAAGGCUCAAGAAGAGACUGAACAGGAUUCUGCUGUCGUUGACACCCUUCUUAGCCUCAAGUCUCUGCGGGUGAAGUUGGAAGAGACCGAGAAGAACGUCGAUGAACAACCGCGCGAAGACUCAAACAAAGAGCCAGAGGCUGCGUUAGAGAAUGAAUUGAAGGAUGGGCUGAGCAUAGAUACUCAGGAGCGUGAGCAGGCAGGGGACACCGCUGAAGCAGCGAUGGUGAAGAAGCUCAUGAGCACAUUAGGGAAGGAGAAACUUUUGCAUCUUAUAUCUUCCUUCUAG